AAAAUGAAUGCAGGAGCCAAAGUUCAAAGUUUCUGCCUUCACGCUAUAUGUCUAGCACAGUUUCGCGGAAAUAACAAGUACAGGGCAUUACAAAUAGAUCAGAACAAAACAAUGGACGACCGCGAGCUUGAUCUCACAGAAGCGCAAAAAGCCAUCAAAUCAAAGUAUCCUCCCAUCACCAAGAAAUACGAGUAUCUUGAUCACACCGCAGACGUCCAGAUUCAUUCAUGGGGUGAUUCUUUGGAAGAAGCUUUUGAACAGUGUGCAAUGGGGAUGUUUGGUUACAUGACGGACACGGAAACUGUUGAACCCAUUGACACUAUGGAAGUAGAAUCAGAAGGGGAUGAUAUGGAGUCGCUCCUUUUUCACUUCUUGGAUGACUGGCUCUUUAAAUUCAGCGCUGACGUCUUCUUCAUUCCCAGGGAAGUGAAGGUCUUGAGCAUAGACCGAAUGCGCUACAGAAUCCGCUCCAUAGGGUGGGGUGAAGAGUUCAGCGUAAAUAAACAUCCGCAGGGAACAGAAGUGAAAGCAAUCACUUACUCUGCUAUGCAAGUACAUGAAACGGAAAAACCAGAGAUCUUUGUCAUCAUUGAUAUUUAAAAAAAAAAAUGAAUAAAUUUUAUAAGUUAAUUUAACACCCCGUGUUUAUUUUCAAGAUUUUAAAAGGUGUUGAAAUAGAAGUGAGAGGUGUCUUUUCUGUAAAGAAUUUUGUGGAUUGCCCGGCUGAAAUGCUUUAUUUCGUAUCAUUGUCAUUAUUAAUAAUUAUAUUAUUUCAAUAUUUUCAUUAAAUAACAUCAUGAAGAAACACUCCUGUGAAAGAAAACCCUGAUUUUAUUUCAUUUGGUUUUUGUCUUAAGUUUAUUACUGUUAGACAAUUGAAAAUGUUUUAAUAAAAAAAAUACAUAUAAAGCUUUGUAUAAUAAAAACCUUUAAAUUCAGCAGCCA